UCUAAAAAAUUAGGAGGAAAAAGAUCCCAGAAGUACUUUGUUUUAAUAAACUCCCAUUGAAAAGACUAAAAACACCUAUUGCGUACGCCAACUGGUUUUAGGUUGGAUGCUAAUAAUAGCCAUUCUUAUUUUUCUAGACUUUGAAGUUAAGAAUGGGGCUAUUGGUGUCAACUUCUGGGAAGAGCUUUCAUGUGGCAUAUACAGUAUUUCUUUAGAUGCAACAAAAUUAGAUGGAUGUUUCCUUGGUGAAGUCAAGAAACACAAUUGGACUAGUGCUGCGUUGAAAGAACUAAUUAAAUGGGAGAGAAUAAAUGUUGAACCCAAAUCUGAAGAGAUGUAUUUUUCUCGAUUCAAGGCUAUUAGGGAGGGAGAUGAUAGUGGGCAUGCUUGUUCAGGGCCUAGUCAAGCUUCAGUUUCUGUCUCAGCACAGGAGGUGUUGGUGGCUUUAAGGGAAUCAGUGAUGCGACGCACUUCUCUUAAUACAAUUUUUCAGGCUGUUACAUGUGAUGACAAACAAAGUGAAUCAGUUCCAGUUGCCAUUCUUUUUUCUGGUGGAUUAGACUCUAUGAUUCUUGCAGCAUUAUUGGAUCAAUGCCUAGCUCCUAUGUACGAGAUUGAUCUGCUCAAUGUGAGCUUUGAUGGUGAGUCUGCCCCUGAUAGAAUAUCUGCUAAGGGAGGAGUAAAGGAACUUAGAAGGAUCGCACCUUCGAGAAGGUGGAGACUGGUGCACAUAGAUGCUGAUUUGUCAAAGUUGACCUCUGAAAUGAAGCAUGUUUUGUCUCUUAUUUGUCCUGCUAAUACCUACAUGGACCUGAACAUAGGAAUAGCUUUGUGGUUGGCUGCUGGUGGUGAAGGUUGGGUGCAUGAGGAUGGCGACACUGAUAUGAACAAGGAUAUUCAAUCUGUAAAGUACAAAUCCAGGGCAAAAAUUCUUCUUGUUGGUUCUGGUGCUGAUGAGCAAUGUGCUGGAUAUGGUAGACAUAGGACAAAGUAUUUGAAUGGAAGUUGGUGUGGCCUACAUGAGGAAAUGAAAUUGGACAUGCAGAGAAUUUGGAAAAGAAAUCUAGGAAGAGAUGACAGAUGUAUUGCUGAUCACGGGAAGGAGGCUAGAUUUCCAUUCUUAGAUGAAGAUGUUAUAAAGGCUCUACUGGAUGCUCCUCUUUGGGAGGUUGCUGAUCUCAAUCAACCUAGUGGAACAGGUGAUAAGAAGAUUCUGAGAGAGGUUGCUCGAUUGCUUGGUUUACAUGAAGCUGCUGUACAGGCUAAAAGAGCAAUUCAGUUUGGUUCAAGAAUUGCAAGAGAAUCAAAUCGUAAGAAUUUCGGAAGUAAUCGAGCAGCCAACCAAGCAUCUGCAGGAAGUGCAGUAAUCCAUGUACCAUCCUACUUGGACUGACAGUCUGGAUAGAUUUCGUGUCCUUUUUUAUUUUUCUUUUGGUUUGCCAUAACUGGCAUCCUCUAUUUAGUUCUGAAUUUUAUUCUACGAGUGUCAGAGGACAUUCUAGUACACAUCUGCAGAAAUAUAUAUGAAACUGCGUGUAGAUAUGUGUGUUUUUCAGUGUUAUCUCUACACUUUGUAGCAGCUUAGCUCAUUAAAAUUGGGCAAAUUUUAGAACUUCAUUAAAAUAGUCGGUUAAGU